GGAUUAACUAGGUUAGGAUAGGACGUAUACUUCUCCCGUGCAGCAGCACCGGUAGCUGCGUGACAGCGCGAGUGCAAGAAGGACGCGCAAAGAGGGAGGGAGAGGGAACGAGCGCGGGGAUCGACGAACCGUCGUCCCGUCUCUGGAGCAAUCGUGAGGCCGACGAUAGAGAGAGAAAAAGAGACAUUGGGGAGAUUUCGCGAUGACAACCUUCGUCUCGAGGCAUAAGGUGCUUUUCCUCCUGAGAUAUAUAUAUAUAUAAAAUCGACCGUACACGCCAUGUAUGUCGCCAAUUCGCCGAUUACACCCCGUGUGCAACAUCCCGACCGUUUAAAACCAUCUUCGAGACUGUGAAUCUGCUGGAUCCGCGACCAUGUUUAGAAAGAUGAAUAUUGUUAUAAUUGCCGAAUUGUUUAUUUUUAACCACGUGUCCUACGUGCUGAGUAGACGAUUUAAUCUUACUCAGCUGAUCAAGGAGAGCUUGGAUCCUGAACUCUACUACCAGAACACUUUACGUGACGUAUCGUUAAGAGAUGUGUCUUAUCUGCCAGAGGAGUAUUACAACGCGGAAAAUGGGGUGAACAAACCGCAGCAGCUAGAAAGAGACAACAGAAAUUUGAUUAGCGAAUACCGCAAUCUUUGCGAAACAAUAACGAGAAGAGUGGAAAUUGCCGAUCCCGAUUAUGAAUAUCAACCUCCGCAUUAUCACGAAGUCUACUGUAAGAGUUAUUCAUUGUUAGAUAACAAUGAACGAAUGAUUACGAGGCCUUCACAGAAAUGUGUUCAUUCGAUAUUUCAUUGCGUACAGAGAAGUCGGAUCCUAUCUCUAGUCAGACGUCGUUGGGAAGACGAAUGUUGGGAACCUUACACCAAGGAAAUCGCUAGCGGUUGUGACUGUAUGUGGCCAGUCACUAGCCUCGGCGAGAUAAACGAUCAUUACUGAUUCAAUAGAAAAUUCGUAUAUUAGCAAACUUAAAUUUUCGCUAUAGAGUACAAAGAUUCGUCGUUCGUAUACAUUCGUAGCAAGUAAAAUCUUUCUCAAAAAUAUUUAUUUAUUGUAUUAUAAAAGCAAAUAUGUGAAUGAAAUAUAACAAA